AUGGAAACGCGCAGUACGCCUCUCGAAAAUCGACCGCGACUUCCCCGCAUAGCCCUAAGCAAGCGGAAUCGGGCUGUCGUGAGGGCUCUGAACCCAAUGCUGGUGACCUAUUUGGAAGCCAGCCGGGACCUUUGCGAGACGGACUCAAUUCUAUUUGGCGCCGCACUGCCAGUCUGCCGUAUUAUAGGCGCCAAACUUUCCACGGCUGGACGCACUACUGGACAAAGUAGUGCUAUCCCAGCCUGGAGAACAAGAAUUGAAGAACGUAUCGCAAAGGCUAGGGCCCUCAUCGGCAGACUGAUAUGCUUCAGGUCAGGCAAUACCAGGCCAAGGAUUGUGCGCACCGUCAGGAUGGCGUUUGCUGGGACAAAUGUUAGUUUGUCCCAGCCGGAUAUAAUGCAAAAACUGACGGAGCGCAUAGACGACCUGAAGCAGAGAAUCGCUGCUUGGGGAAAGCGAAUUCGGCGAUAUACCGAGAGGUCGACACGGUUCAACCAGAAUCGUCUCUUCCAGAGUGAUCAGAAGAGGCUCUAUAAAUCAUUGGAGCGACCAAUGGUAAGUGGAACGGGCCCAGUACCGAAUCAGGCCGACACGGUCGCAUUCUGGCGCAGCCUGUGGUCAGAGCCCGUAAACCACAACGAGGGCCCUUGGACGGAAGUUGUGGCGAGUCAGUGUGCGGGUAUUACGCCCAUGGACCCCGUCACCAUAACGCCGGGUGACGUAGCUGAGGCGGUCCGUAGGGCCCCGAACUGGAAAAGUCCGGGACUCGACGGGCUGCAUCACUACUGGCUGAAGGGCCUGAAAAAAGAAGAACUCCAAGCAAGGGCCCUUCGCACUGCCCCGGCGCACCUCGCAUCCCACCACCACCCAACGAACCAGAGGCACCGGUUCAACCAGAAUCGUCUCUUCCAGAGUGAUCAGAAGAGGCUCUACAAAUCAUUGGAGCGACCAGAGGUAUGUGGAGCGGGCCCAGGACCGGAUCAGGCUAACACUGUCGCAUUUUGGCGUGGCCUGUGGUCAGAGCCCGUAAACCACAGCGAGGGCCCUUGGCCGGAAGUUGUGGCGAGUCAGUGUGCGAGGAUUACGCCCAUGGACCCCGUCUUCAUAACGCCGGAUGACGUAGCUGAGGCGGUCCGUAGAGCCCCGAACUGGAAAAGUCCGGGACUCGACGGGCUGCAUCACUACUGGCUGAAGGGGUUCAUGGUGUGUCACGCUGUGCUCGCCCGUCAGUUUCAAGAGGCUCUCAACCAGAAGUCGCUCCCUAGCCUCUUCACUACUGGGAUCACUCAUUUGGUUCCUAAAGACCAGAUAGAAAGUGAUACAGAGUAG